AUGAUUACAGAAAAGGCCACAUGCAAUAAAGUGAAGAAAAACCUUGUCUAUUAUAAUCUCUGGUCUAAUGUUACAUCGGUGGAUUUUUAUGAUAAAACGCUGGGUGAACAAUUUAUGCUAUUGAAGGGAAAAAAUCCAAAAUCCGGAAAUGACAGUGCAUGUAUCAAUGGGUACGAUUAUGUGCUGCCUGUUCUGAAACAGAAGAAGUUGACAAUGCAGGCUUUAGAUCUGAUAUUUAAGCACGUAUCCGAGAUCGAGCACACAAAAGUUCAGAAGCUUGUGAUUGGAAUUACUGACUUCGACGGAACAAUCGUGUACUACAAUAUACAUAGUGGUGUCCAAAAACCUAAGAAUGCCUAA